AUGUGUGUUAUAUUGUGUACUGAAAACAAAUACCUCAAACAAAUAAUUUUCCUAGCCAUUGAAGAGGAUGAGGUACCUUAUUACACCGUCAGAAAAAAAUUGGCGGAUAAAAAAGAUUCUACAGUAGACUAUGAAGAAAAUAAAAAGACUUUGAUCAAAAGAGGAAAACUUGGAGGUGAGGAAGACACAUGGCACCUGAGGGAAGCUGGCGCCUCUAUCAAACUUAACAGUGGAGCUGUCCAACAACCUGUGCCAUUUACAUGUAGAUGCUUAUUGUGGAACCCCAGGACCCUCUCCCCACCCCUUGCCAGUGAUGAGAUAUUGGUUAGCAGUGUUAUUGAACUAUCUCAUGAUGGCCCACCAGAUCUGGAAUACAGGGAAAGUGUUGAAGGAUUAAGUUUUACUGUAGCUUUGUUGCACAGUGCCCCAAAUUUGGAGGGGUAUGAGGUGGUUAUCAAACAACUGAUUGACCAAGAGAACAAUGAAUGGAAGGAAUUGAAGACAGAGAAUACUUGGCAUGGAUCAGAAACUUCAACAGUUCCCAGGUGGCUUUUCCCAUUUGCACAAGCUGUUUGUUCAAAAUCAGGAGUUUCUUCAUUUGCUGCAAUCUGGCGUCCUAAGUCUUUCACCUUUUCAAGAGGUACUGCAGUAGGUCCGGAAUUGACCUGUAUCGUGCCUGACUUUCCUGAUGUCAGUGUUCAAAUUCCUCAGAGUUGUGUUCCUGUUAAUCAAGAUUUCUGUGUGACAAUCCAGGUACAAGAAUUUCCAAGCAGUAAGUUAAAAGGAGAGGAAGGACUUGUCGGUCCAGUUCUGCACAUUUCAGGCACUCAAAAUGUUACUCUCAUCGCGCCUGUAACAAUUAGGAUUCCUCUCACCCUCUGUAAAGGAAAACAAGAGUUGGCAGAGUUAUGUCCUGGUGAACUGAGAAUAUUACACUCUGAGUCUCUCGCCGAACCACAUGACUGGAAAGACAUCACAGAUCAAUUGGAUGAACCGCCACGUCUUCUAGAUGGGAAAGUGCAAUUCAAAGUUAGGCAUUUCUCCGGAUUCCGCCCAAUCAAGUUGAUCAGAUUACUUUCACAAUCUGCUUCAGACUUCAAUAAGUUUGUAAGAAAACUUUGCAAAAGGUCGAGGCCUCAGUAUGCCCGAUUUUUUACGUGCCUGUGUGAGACCAGUGUUCGUGGACAUUUUGGACUCAAACUUUUCUGCUAUCCACAAAAACUGCAACAUGAUGUAAACCAGCAAAUAUCAAAGUGUAUCGUGCCCUACAUAGGCGAAGGCACCUCUUUAAAACCAAUCUGUGAAGAGGAGAAAAUUUUGGUUUCUCUUUCUGAGGCAAUCAUACCCCAAGGCUCAGACGAGAAAAAUGCCUUACAAUUUGUGAGAUUCCGCGAGAACGAAGUUUAUGACACAGGUGGUGAAGUUUGUUUAGGAAGUGUGAGUGUUCCAAAAGUGAAGUUUAACAACCAAAGUCAGGAACUUUUGUGCAACGUGACCAUGGUAUUGGCAUCUCAAGUUCCUGUAACCGUUGAUCAUGAAGAAGGAAGUGACUCCCUUCGAGAUAUCUAUAUGGUUAAAGAUGGUAAACCAUCAGAUCGCGAGUUAGAAGAGCUGUCUCUGAAACUUGGAAAAAAAUGGAAGGAAUUGGGAAGCUGUCUGGAAUUCGACGACGCUGCAAUAACUAACUUGGAUGAAGACAAUAAGGAGUUGGCAAGGAAGGCUUAUCGUAUGUUAUUGGCUUGGAAACAAAGAGAAGGCUUCCAAGCCACUUACACAGUUUUGUACAAUGCCUUGUGUGACAAAUUGGUGGAAUGUAAACUUCUAGCAGAAAACUUUUGUUGUAUUCUCCUUAGUCUUAUAUUAUAA